CUGACCAAGGAGAAGAAGGCUCUGCAGGAGGCUCAUCAGCAAACGCUGGAUGACCUGCAGAGUGAGGAGGACAAAGUCAACACGCUGACCAAGGCCAAAGCCAAACUGGAACAGCAAGUUGAUGAUCUUGAAGGGUCUCUGGAGCAAGAGAAGAAGGUGAGAAUGGGCCUUGAGAGAGCCAAGAGAAAGCUGUCAGGUCACUUGAAGUUGACCCAGGAGAGUCUAAUGGACCUGGAGAAUGACAAGCAGCAGCUGGAGGAGAGAAUGAAGAACAAGGACUUUGAGAUGAGCAAACUCAACAGCAAGAUUGAGGAUGAGCAGGUCUUGGGUGCCCAGCUUCAGAAAAAACUGAAGGAGCUGCAGGCCCGCAUUGAGGAGUUGGAGGAAGAGGUAGAGGCUGAGAGAGCUGCUCAAGCCAAGGUGGUGAAACAAAGGGCAGAUUUGGCCAGAGAGACUGAGGAAGACCGUAAAAAUCUGAGCUGCCUGCAGGACCUGGUGGACAAACUGCAGCUGAAGGUCAAAUCCUACAAGAGAACUGCAGAGGAGGCUACUGAGGAAGACCGUAAAAAUCUGAGCUGCCUGCAGGACCUGGUGGACAAACUGCAGCUGAAGGUCAAAUCCUACAAGAGAACUGCAGAGGAGGCUAUGGCAAAAGUUUCAACUUUGAAUAGCUUUAAGGCUCUGGAUAAGAGCGUCUGCUAA